GAACCUGCGGAGAGUCCUGCUUCACGCGUUGGGAGUGGCAGUUGCCCUGGCCAAUGAGGCCACGGGGGCGGGGUGGCGUGGCUGCCCCAGUGCGGGUGACCAAUGGGAUUGGAGGUUAUGGGUGGGCCGGAAGGACUGGGCGUGGCCGGAGUCUGAAUCCAAGGUUUUCGGCGCAGCCACUGCCAGAGCUGCGUGGAAGACUGAGCUGAGCGGUCGUGGGUGCUUCCCUUCCGCGAGAAACGCCUGCCAAUGCUUUCUCACUGGGACACUGACUCCAAUUUCGGAGCAGUCUUGUAGCUGGAUCACCUAGGAAGAGAAAUUCUAAAGCAGUAAGAAGAAAGUGUUUCAGUUUGGAACACUUACCUGCCCCUGGAAAUGGGGAAUGGACUGUCAGACCAGACGUCUAUCCUGUCCAGCCUUCCUUCCUUUCAGUCCUACCACAUUGUUAUUCUGGGUUUGGACUGUGCUGGAAAAACAACUGUCUUAUACAGGUUGCAGUUCAAUGAGUUUGUAAAUACUGUACCUACCAAAGGAUUUAACACUGAGAAAAUCAAGGUAACUUUGGGAAAUUCUAAAACAGUCACUUUUCACUUCUGGGAUGUAGGUGGUCAAGAGAAAUUAAGGCCACUGUGGAAGUCAUAUACUAGAUGCACAGAUGGCAUAGUGUUUGUUGUGGACUCAGUUGACGUUGAAAGGAUGGAAGAAGCCAAAACUGAACUUCAUAAAAUAACUAGGAUAUCUGAAAAUCAAGGAGUCCCUGUACUUAUAAUUGCUAACAAACAAGAUCUGAGGAACUCACUGUCUCUCACAGAAAUUGAGAAAUUGUUAGCAAUGGGUGAACUGAGCUCCUCAACUCCUUGGCAUUUGCAGCCUACCUGUGCAAUCAUAGGAGAUGGACUAAAAGAAGGACUUGAGAAACUGCAUGAUAUGAUAAUUAAAAGAAGAAAAAUGUUGCGUCAACAGAAAAAGAAAAGAUGAAUAUUCAUACCUUUUAUAUCUGUGUGGAGUAGGUUUUCUCUGGUCUGAUUUUUGACAAAUGGAAGAGUAUCUACAGCCUGGUUUGCCUGUUUGCCCUCCUGGAUGCUAUUAAAGCUUUGUUUUAUUGAACAGUCAGAUGCCCACCUCUGUUUCCUUGUGGAAGAUGAGCAAAUGCAGUGAUUCUUAAAGUGGUCUUUUCUCCCUACCCCACAAGUCUUCUGGUACUGCCAUUUUGGGAAGGCAAGCAACGAUAGUAAAUUGACCAGAAAACAGUUGUGGAAAUUUGAUCUAAAGUUAAUGAAAUAAAACUUUGAAGAGUGUCUGUUAGUGUUUUGUACUUGUAUCUUUUAGGGGGAAGCCUUUGCAAAGAAAUUGCUUACAAGGCUUUGUAUGUUAAGGUAAAAUGCUGAAUGGAAAUGUUAUGGUAGAUUAAUGUGCAUCACACACACACAUGCAUACACAUACUGUUACAUUGCUUUAUAUUGAUUUGCUAGAACAAGAGGGAGUGUGUACUUUAAAAAGUUUUGGCCGGAUGGU